UCCUGAUCGCGUGUCCUUGUGGCAUGUACGUAGGCACCGAAACGAUGCCAAUACGGGGGUCACCACUGACCCUUAUAUAUUGUCUGGAUUCAUCACCACUGUCAGUGUUCAACGGACAAUCAAAACAAUCUACCAAAAUGUUCAAGUUUUUGAUCUUCUUCGCUCUCAUGGCUUUCGCCGUGGCAAAGCCCCUGGUGUACACCGCGCCCCUGACUGCGGCGUACAGCGCGUACCCCGCCCCUGUCGCUGCGGCGUAUACCGCGCCCGUCGCGUACUCUGCGUACAGCGCGUACUCCCCCGUCGCUUACUCCGCCUACACUUACGCUUCCCCGUACUCUUACUACCUUUGAGUAACUAUUACGAAAUCUUGAUACCUGUUAUGAAAGUGAUGUGUUAAAAGGAUCUGAUGUAUUUAUUAUUUAUUUUUAGUGCGUCAAUAAAAUCAAUUGUCUAUUAAACUACU